CGCCGCCGGGAGGGCGCGGAUGUCCCGGGGGACGGUCCGGGAUCGCUCCCCGCCGCGUCCCGCAGGGAAUGUGGUGGACAGCCAGGCGCCCCGGCCGCUGGGCCGGCAGCUGCGCUGGGACCUGACGGCCGAGCAGAUCGAGGCCAUGGCCGCCGAGCUGACCGAGAGCACCAAGCUCGUGUACGACCGCGUGGGAGCGCAGGAGCGCGGCGAGGUCAGCUACGAGAACACCCUGAAGGCGCUGGCCGACGUGGAGGUGGAGUACACAGUCCGUAGGAACAUGCUGGAUUUCCCCCAGCACGUGUCUCCCUGCAAGGCCAUCCGCGCCGCCAGUACCGAGGCCGACAAGAAACUCUCCGAGUUCGACGUGGAGAUGAGCAUGAGGCAGGACGUGUACCAGAGGAUUGUGUGGCUCCAGGAGAAAGCAGAGAGCGCUUCCCUGAAGCCCGAGGCCAAGAGGUACCUGGAGAGGCUGAUCAAGCUGGGAAAAAGGAACGGGCUGCACCUCCCUGAGGAGACACAGGAGAAAAUCAAAGCUAUCAAGAAAAAGCUGAGUGUGCUGUGCAUAGACUUCAACAAGAACCUCAAUGAGGACACCACCUUCCUGCCCUUCUCCAGGGAGGAAUUAGGGGGGCUCCCUGAGGAUUUCCUGAACUCCCUGGAGAAGACAGAGGAUGGGAAGCUGAAGGUCACCCUCAAGUACCCACACUACUUCCCCCUGCUGAAGAAGUGCUACGUGCCCGAGACCAGGAGGAAGGUGGAGGAGAUGUUCAACUCCAGGUGCAAAGAGGAGAACUGCCUGAUCCUGAAGGAGCUGGUGGACCUGAGGGCUCAGAAGGCCAAUCUGCUGGGCUUCAGCACCCACGCUGACUUUGUGCUGGAGAUGAACAUGGCCAAGAGCAGCCGGACGGUGGCCACGUUCCUGGAUGAGCUGGCCCAGAAGCUGAAGCCCCUGGGGGAGAAGGAGCGGGCUGUGAUCCUGGAUUUGAAGAAGAAGGAGUGCGAGAAGCGCGGGCUGGAGUUCGACAACCGCAUCAACGCCUGGGACAUGCGCUACUACAUGAACCAGGUGGAGGAGACCAAGUACAGCGUGGACCAGAACCUGCUCAAGGAGUAUUUCCCCAUGCAGGUGGUCACCACAGGCCUCCUGGCCAUCUACCAGGAGCUGCUGGGCCUCACCUUCCACCUGGAGGAGAAGGCUCAGGUGUGGCACGAGGACGUGCAGCUCUACACGGUGAAGGACGCGUCCUCCGGGGAAACCAUCGGCAAGUUCUACCUGGACCUGUACCCACGGGAAGGCAAGUACGGCCACGCCGCCUGCUUCGGCCUCCAGCCCGGCUGCCUGCUGCCGGACUCCAGCCGCCAGAUCUCGGUGGCCGCCAUGGUGGCCAACUUCACCAAACCCACGCCGGACGCCCCUUCCCUGCUGCAGCACGACGAGGUGGAGACUUACUUCCACGAGUUUGGGCACGUCAUGCACCAGCUGUGCUCUCAGGCGGAGUUUGCCAUGUUCAGCGGGACGCACGUGGAGCGGGAUUUCGUGGAGGCCCCGUCCCAGAUGUUGGAGAACUGGGUGUGGGAGAAGGAGCCGCUGCUUCGCAUGUCCAGGCACUACAAGACAGGGAGCCCCAUCCCCGACGAGCUGCUGGAGAAACUCAUUAAAUCCCGGCAGGCAAACACAGGGCUCUUCAACCUGCGCCAGAUCGUGCUGGCCAAGGUGGACCAGGCACUGCACACCCAGACCAAGGCUGACCCCGUGGAGGUGUUUGCCCAGCUCUGUGAAGAGGUGCUGGGUGUCCCUGCCACCCCAGGUACAAACAUGCCGGCCACUUUUGGCCACCUGGCCGGUGGCUACGACGCUCAGUACUAUGGCUACCUGUGGAGCGAGGUGUACUCCAUGGACAUGUUCCACACCCGCUUCAAGCAGGAGGGAAUCAUGAACUGCAAGGUGGGCAUGGAUUACAGGAACUGCAUCCUGCACCCCGGCGGCUCCGUGGACGCCUCGGACAUGCUGAGGAAAUUCCUGGGCAGGGAGCCCAGGCAGGACGCUUUCCUGGCCAGCAAGGGGCUGAAGGUGGACAGCAACUCGGUGCCUUCGGCCUGAGGUGCUGCACUGGCGGGGGAAACUCCUGCCCACGCACCUGCCCUCACCUGGCUCCUGUCACCAAACACCCCCCUGCCUGGAGCUGCCCCUCCAGGGUCCUGCUCCCAGCCCCCCCUGGGCUUUGGGGCUCUGUGGUGACACAGAGGUGACCUGCCCUUGUCACCCCCGGGGCUGUGUGUCACCCACACCAAUUGGCUGACCUUUGAUUUCUGCACCAGGGUGAGUUUUGGCCUUGUUAGGAGCCAGGGAGGAGGGCGAGAGGAGUUCCCAAACUUGAAUCUUUGUUUUUAAAUCUCUUCUCUUUUAAGAAACCUCGUUGUUGUUGUUGUUGUUGUUGCCACCUUGGCUUGGUCUGUGCAGACACAGCUGUCACCAGGGCAGGGACAGUCCUGCUCUCCCCAUCUUUGGGCAGCACUUGGCUGUGCAGUAAAGAUGGGGAGAUCCCAGAGCUCAAAACCCACAGGGAAUUGACUGGGACGUCCUGCCCUGAGCCCCUCGGGGACCUUCCUGCCCGCCAGGGGGACAGAGGUGGGUGGUGCAGAACAGGGGGUUUGGGGACGUGGCCUCUGUGUGCUGCCAGAUGUCCCAGGGCCAUCUCAGGGUCAUCCUGGGGCCACCCCAGGGCCAUGCCAGGCUGUGGCAGCUGAGAGUGUUGCUGUUGCUGUCAGCUCCAGGACAGGGCAGGGUUGUGUUUAUGACUGAAAACACCGAGCUGACAGCUUCAAACAACACAAAUGCCUGGAUAAAAAUAUCCCCUGGGCUCCGUGCCAGGCCUUGAGCCGCGGCUGCGGCGCCACAGGGAGGGACAGCAGCCAGCCUGGGCUGUGCCACCUGCCCCAGGCUGUCCCCAGAGUGCCCCAACACCCUGCCUGGCACCUCAUGGCACAAAGUUCCUCACCUGAGGGCAAAGCCUGGGGUUGGGAAAGGUUUGGAGCGGCUUCCUGGGGAGCUGAGGAGUUCUAUGGUUUGUGUCCCACCCCUCACAGCCUCGGGUGCAUUGUGUGAGGGCCGUGGGCUGGGGACACGAGUGACAGCCUGAGUGCCCCACCCCCCCGCUGCAGGCUGUCCCCUGUCCUUUGUCACCAGCGCGGCUCUGGCGCUGGGACAGGUCGUUGCUGUCACCUCCCUCCCCCAGAGCCCGCUGGUGACAACCCCUGGCGGCUCCUUGGUGCUUGCUGGGGCCACCUCGAGCAUCUUGUCCUUGUCCCCUCCCUCCGUGUUUCAGGCAUGGCCGGGCGGUGCCGGCCCCGCGCUGCCCCCGGGUGUUUUUGUUUUUAGCGUCCUGUUUUACUGAGCUUUCAUCGUUUUCUCCGACUCUUCUCUCCAGAGAGAGAGAGAAGUGAAGCUGAACAGGGAAACCACGCACUUUCCUCCCUCCUUCCCAGCCCCACAGCUGCCUCUGUCCCCUCUCCAGUGUCCCCACUGGGGGUGACUGGCCCCUCUCCAGUCUCUCCGUGGGACAUGGACCUGCACCUCCCCAUCCCCAUCCCAGGCUGGCAGGGAAGAGAGCUCCAUUUUUUUUGGGGGGGGAGGGGUUUGGAUUCCAGG